GUUGAUCAGUCACGCUGACGCGUGUGGAACUGCCUUCUUGUGGACAAAUCUGCAGCCGUCCGUGAUGAAGUCUCUCCAGAAGAGAGGCAUCAUCAAAGACCCAAACACGUGCUUCAGCGAGCUUGACCACGCUGUCUACAAGGUCGAAGAGACCAUCCUGCAGUACCGUCGGGAGAUGGUGAGCAAGUGGCUGCAAGUUCACCCAGCCUUCCAGUUCCGCUACAAGCAGAUAAGCCUCGCCAGGUUCCUCGAGUCCGGUCUCCCUCCUCACGCGGGCCCCCCCCGCAGGAGCGCGCAGGUCACAGCGCUUGGCGCGGUAUCGGCCAGGCAGCCGUCCAUCUCCAAGGGUGGGGUGGUGACGGCGCGGGGUCACGCAUAGCAGCGCGCUUCCCGUUUCGCUUCUGCCUCGUCCUGCUUCCUUCUCCUCCUG